AUUUGAAAUAUCUCAAAAAAGUGUAUAAUAUUGUAUUUUAUAUUACAGACUAAAAAAAAUGGGAAGAACUCCUUGUUGUGAGAAAGUAGGUCUCAAAAGAGGGAGAUGGACUGUAGAAGAAGAUGAAAUCCUCACCAACUAUAUUCAAGCUAAUGGUGAAGGCUCUUGGAGGUCAUUACCCAAAAAUGCUGGGUUAUUAAGAUGUGGAAAGAGUUGCAGACUGAGAUGGAUUAAUUAUUUGAAGACUGAUUUGAAGAGAGGUAACAUAACCUGUGACGAAGAAGCUAUAAUCAUCAAGUUACGUGCAACUUUGGGUAACAGAUGGUCUUUAAUAGCAGAAUAUUUACCAGGUAGAACAGACAAUGAAAUAAAAAAUUACUGGAAUUCUCGCUUGAGCCGAAAAGUAGAAAGCUUAAGGAUUCCAAGUGAUGAAAAGCUACCACAAGCUGUUGUCGAAUUAGCCAAAAGAGGAACACAACAACAAAUUAUCAAACAAAAACGUAGAAGUAAAAUAAAUGCCAGCAGUUCAAAUUCCACAAGUGAAAUUAUUUCAGUUCCUAUUAUGAAUACUACAACAAGUGGCAAUAAUAGUGCCAUGGAGUUCGAUCAUAACGAUGAUCAAAUGUUGUGGCAUGAUGAUAUUAUGCUAAUGGACGACAACUAUGGAGCGUUAGACCAAGAUUUCAUUUUCAAUUGUUUAUGGGACGGCGAAGAAGAAAAUCUUGAAAUAGUUGAUAACAAUAACAACAAUAAUAACAAUAAUGAAAUAUUAAUUGAGGAUAAUUAUGGUAAACUUGAUUGUUGGGAUUGGGAAUAUUUAGGUGAAGUAUUGAAUAAUGAAAUACGGGCAAGAACUAAAGAAGCAGAGCAAGAGAAUAAUAAUAAUAUGUCAUUAUGUGACACUAAUGACAAUAUGCAAAACUUCAUGAACAAAGAAACAACAAUAGAAAAUAUUGAUCACAUGCAGGGUGAUUUGGUAGCUUGGCUUUUGUCUUAAUUAAUUUUGGAAUUACUACUAUUAAGUAACUGAUUUAUCGAAAAUAAUUUUUUUAUUUCAUAAAAAUAGAUAUAAGAUUUGUGUAUUUUUAUUUUUUUAAAACUUCAUUUGUAAAAGUAUAUUGGAUAUGUUAGUUGAUGUAUAUUGGAUAUGUUAGUUGAUGUUAUUAAGGAACUACUACACAACUUUGUGUGAU